CCUCCUUGUGUGCUAAGAAACCUCGCCAGCGAUCUAUGAGUAGUUAACAUUAUAUUAAUAAAGUAGCUGGCUAAUUACAGCAGUUCUUAUGAACAAAAAGUUUGGCUGAUUCGGCUGCUGGCUUCUGCCUCGUGAUCCGUUUCACUGCUCUCAUAACUUUACGUUACGCACCAUUGAGUCGCUUUCGACUCCUGAUCACACCAUGAAUAUAAAAACGCCUAUGUUAUCUGCUUGAGACAAGUAUUCCUUUUAUGCUCGGCUACAUGCUUCUCGGUGGCCUGAAGAAUACCAUUUAAGCAUUUCGUGCACGGUAGACCUCGUUUUCUCCUACCUUCGACUUCAACAAGUGUUAAUUUACAUUUCAUUGAACCAGCAGCCCGCAUAUUCCUUACAACAAUUAUUAUAUAGAUGCCGUUGUGUUUCUAUUGGCCUUCUAUUGCCUUUGAUAUAAUAUGUGUUGAGAUGUAGUUAAAUGCUUUUCAUUAUUUCUGCAACAGAUAUCAUUUUUUUUUUUUGCUUCCAAUGAACACUCUGGUUCAAUAUUGCUGUCAAGAAAACGCCAUGCUUUGCUAAGCCUGGCGUUUUUACCCAUCCUUUAAGCAGUUUACACUCACCCCCAUUAAGGUAAACCGCAUGCUGAGUAUUACUUGCUCUUGCACACCUUUUCAAGGGCUUCGUGCAAGUGGUCGCGGCCAGUCCAGAGCUCGCAGGUGCACAAGAAGGUAGAGGACAGCCGAGAGUCCGACAUGGCACUCACCAGUCAGCUGCUGGAAACACUUCUCGACAACUACGACAGCACCCAGAGGCCAUGGCACGGAGGUACGGCGAGCUCCGACGACAUGAGGCCAACCAGUGUCACAGCCAACAUGCUCAUUCGAAGCAUGGGGCCCAUCUCGGAGCUCGACAUGGAGUACUCGAUGGACUGUUACUUCCGGCAGCGUUGGACUGACCAGAGGCUCAAGUUCAACGGCACCAUCAACCCCAUCAGCCUGCACAUCAAGAUGCUGGAGCGCAUCUGGAAGCCGGACACUUACUUCCACAAUGGCAAGGGAUCGUACCUGCACACCAUCACGCAGCCAAACAAACUGCUGCGCAUAUAUCGCAACGGUGAUGUGCUCUACUCCAUGAGGCUGACAAUUAAGGCCAGAUGUCCCAUGCAGCUUCAGAGCUUUCCGAUGGACCGCCAGUCGUGCCCCUUGACAUUCGGCAGCUAUGGUUAUACGGCUGACCAGCUCGUGUACAAAUGGGAUUCCACGCUUCCUGUGGAUCUGAUACCGGGGCUCGCGCUGUCGCAGUUCGACCUCAUUAAUUACCCCUACCGGAACUCAACGUACAUUUUUAAUAACGGCCUGUUUUCGGUACUUCACGUCAACUUCAAUCUGCAGAGGCACAUGGGAUACUUCCUGAUCCAAGUCUACGUCCCAUGUAUACUAAUUGUCGUGCUUUCAUGGGUCUCCUUCUGGAUUAACAGAGAAGCCACUGCGGACAGAGUUGGCCUCGGAAUCACCACUGUGCUGACGCUGUCCACUUUCGGACUGGACACACGCACAGACCUGCCCAAGGUGCCGUACCCGACGUCCCUCGACUGGUUCGUCAUCAUGUGCUUCUCCUUCGUCAUCUUCACCCUCCUGGAGUUCGCGGGCGUUCACUACUUCACCAAGGUCGGCAGCGGAGAGUUUCCCCUCACUGAUGAAGAAGGGGAAGCCGUGCAAAACGAAGGUGCAGCCGGCGACUCCGACGUUGAGGAAGAGGAGCAUGCGGACAUUUUCGCCCCUCUGCCUAGCAUCGACGAGUGCGCUUGCAGAAUAAGAAAAGAUUGCGACCACGUGGUGGAGACCGAGCCUGCGUCACAACGAGGUCCUGGCCGGUUCGUGGGUUACGCCCCGCCGGCGCCGCCUCCGCCGCCGUCUUCGCGCCUCAAGCACCGGGUGCGGCCGCUGCAGGAGGACGAGCGGCUGCACGGGGGUUUCCGACGCGGCAGCCGCCGCCACCACCACCGGCGCCGGCAACACUGCUGCUCGCAGUUCAUCAACUGCAUGCUGGGCAACGAGCGCUACCGAGACGAAAUGCGUCGUCGAGCGGACCGCGGCGCCACUGUAAACAGCGUCUCGCAGAUCGACAGGGUGUCGCGUGUGCUGUUCCCGUUUAGCUUCAUCGUGAUCAACCUCUUCUACUGGUUCAGCUCGGGUCGCGACAGACCCGCCGGCUGGGAAGUGCAGAACAACGCGUGACGCCGAAUGGAGAGAGAGAAAUAUAGGAACACAUGUCGUUCGUUUACCGUGUCAGGGAUUACGGUUAUCCGUAGAAUAAUUUGAACCGUGGACCCCGCUAGAAAAGCAGUGCAUAUUCUCGGCGCCUUAAAGGGCACUCAGGAAUUGGCAGGCGUAGAUGACGGGGUCACAAAAACAAAGCGCGCCUUCGGUUUCCUCGACGGAGGCUCGAGUUUAUUUCCAGCUUUCUUUUUGUUUUUUGUUUUUCAUGUUCUUAACAGGCUUAUGGGAAUUGUGCAGCAUAUUUUCGUAUGUAUUUUGGCAGCCUUUUGUCUCACCUAAUGGCUGUAAAGUACCCAGCCCCAAGGAGCCUAGGUAACUUCAGCUGGUUGAGCACAGCAGUCUGCAUCGGUUUUAUAUCACCACGUGAGUUUUUGUUGACGUGUGAGUUAGAAGUGACCUCGCGCCUAAACCAAAGACUGCCAGGAUCUUUUGUAUACGUAGGAUCUCGCGAUUGACUGGAAUUCGCUCCAGCCUGUAGCGAAACUUAUUCGCCUGUCGUGAUUUACUAUAGAGAGCGAAUUGCAAACAUGAUGUGCUCCUAUUCACGUACGUUUAGCUGUUUUCGACUAGGUCAUGAACCAAUCUGUAAGGUGGACAAUACACGAUUUCCGGCUUCUACAAAUAGACGAAAGAACCAAAUGAUCCGUGACUAACCUGAUUGGGAAGGCUUCUGAAGGGCAGAACUGUGCAGCAUCAUGCCGUUGGGAAUAAUGCUCGCAGCCGCAUUUUGAGGGAAUAUUUACCAAGCUUCCUGCUCUGGAGAGCAUGGUAUGUCGUUGCGAUUUCCGUUGUUAUAUGAGGAAAUAUGUUGCGCUAGUUUGUUUACUCUCGUUGGGACGGGCAGAUCAGCGCAUAUCACAUACACACACACACUCACGCAAGCACGCACACACACAUACACACAUACGCACAUGCAGGCGCACAUGCAGGCACACACGCACGGACACAACAAUGAAUGCCUGUGUUCGUCUUCGUUCUUGUGCGUUCUAUAUUCUUGCGAUCUUCUGGUUUGCAUAACCUACCCCUUGUUUGUUAACCUAAUCGUUUUUUCUAGCCGUCGCCGUUCCAAUGCCAAGCUCAUUAGACUUAAGCUUAAUUUACUUUUUCUCAUGGCUCUCUUCAACAUUCGUUAAUGAAGCUAUGCGGGGUUAUGCGGGAAUGCUAUAGCAGGUGACGGGAACAUCACAGUCACGUUGCUAUGAUAUUCAGAGCAAGAAAAAAAUAUGCAGGUUAUGUAUAUGGUGGAAUGUACGUGAA